UCCGCCAUGCUGUUCUCGCUGCGGGAGCUGGUGCAGUGGCUGGGCUUCGCCACCUUCGAGCUGCUGCUGCAGGCGGGGGCGCUCGCGCUCUUCUCGCUGCUGCUCGUGCUGAAGCUGGACGGGGUCGCCGCGCUCUCCUGGUGGGGGGUCUUCGGGCCCUUCUUCGCCGCCGACGGGCUCAGCACCUACUUCACCGCCAUCGUGUCCGUGCGCCUCUUCCAGGACGGCGAGAAGCGCCUGGCGGUGCUGCGCCUCUUCUGGGUCCUCACCCUGCUCAGCCUCAAGUUCUUCGUCUUCGAGAUGCUGCUGUGCCAGAAGCUGGUGGAGCAGACCCCCGAGCUGUGGUACGGGCUCAUCAUGUCGCCCGUCUUCAUCCUGCUCCAGCUCCUCAUGAUCCGCGCCUGCCGCGUCAACUGAGCCCCCGCAGGGGGACGCGCGCUCGGCCGCCUCGUGUCGGGCCACUCCCGGGGGCGCGUUGGGACUUCGUGACAGUAUGACGUACUCUGGGCCCCACGGGGAGACGCGGGCCGCGUCGUUCCGCUGAGGCGCCUGGGUCUUCGUGGGGAAAUGCCGUGACGUGCGCGCAUCGCCUGCUCGUGUCCGUUGUUUUGUAAUAAAAACGUAUCCGAUGAUA